UACACCAUCAGGCGCGCAGUGGAGGAGGACAACGACGACCUGGUGCCGCUCAUCGACCUCUACUCGAGGCGCCUGGCGGCGCUCUACGGAAACUACUACGUGGCCGAGCUGCUCACGCCCCACCCGAGCGCAGAGGGCGUGGCCCGGCACAUCGUCGUGGCCGAGCAUCGGGGCGUGGCCGUCUCCGUGAUGGUGCUGAACGACGUGGCCAACUACGAGCAGCUGAACGAGGAGUUCGAGCUGACGCCGUUCAAUGGGCUGCGCAAGCGCAGCGACGACGACGACAUCGAGCUGCAGACGCUCAGCCAGCCGGAGGUGAUCCUGUCGCAGGAGGCCAAUGACUUUGCAGAGGAGGAGUCGGACGGCGACAGGAGCCUGAAGUUCGCCUCCAGCUACGAGGAGGACGACGACUACCUGGUGGAGGUGGUUGACAGUGACAGCGACUACUCGCUGGUGUUCACCAGCUCGGAUCUCUUCGUCUUCGACGAAGAGGACGAGGAGGAGCGCGAGCUGGCAACAGAGCUCGCCGACUCGCUGAGCAGCUACGAGAUCCUCAAGGAAAUGGAGAAGGUGAAGACGUACGAGGUGGACCCCCGCUUGACCUACGUGGACAUGAUGGAGAAGCUGUCCAAGAGCAUGAUUUCCACCCGCAGCCGCACGGCGCAUGUUCCGAAAUUCUGCGGGCGCGGCAACGCCUUCAGCAUCGAGGUGGCCGCCACGCAUCCCGACCACGAAAUCGGCCUCUACCACGUGCUGGAGGCGGUGUUCGAAUGCUACCCGGACCGCGACUACGCAGUCAUCAGCACGCCCACCAGCUGUCGCAGCGAGCAGUGGAUGGAGCGCUUCAAUCGGGUGGCGCCACGCCCCGCCAGCAACCACGCCUACGACCUGUUCGUGUGCCAUCGGAGCAGCCUGCUCGGCGAGCUCGAGUGCCAGGUGGCGGGGCGCGAGCACAUGGCCGAAGUGUACACGUUGCUAAGCACCAUCCCCACCCGCGCCAUCGUGCUGUCGCACUUUGAAAUAUUCAUGGAGUUCGAGAACAGCCCCUACCAGUGCUUCGUGUUCCUCUGCGAGGGCCACGUGGUGGGGACGGCCGUGGUGUCCGAGGAGUACAACGUGGAGUACAUCGACGCCCAGUACGACAUCGCCAGCUGGGUGCCGCUCAGCUGCUACAGGAGCGGCUCCUACGGCCUGAUCGAGAGCCUGAUCCUGUCGCCGAUCUUCCACAACUCCGGCCGAUUUUUCAAGCGCGAGCUGCACCGGCUCAGCGACUUUCAGGUGCUGUUCUACAAGCAGCGCGCCUACGACAAGGGCGCCAGCCGCGAGCGCCCCAUCCCCAAUCUGCUGCACUGGCUGCAGCCGGUGUUGCCGCGCCGCAUGCCCGAGUACGACCUCAAGAUGUUCGCCGAGGAAGGUUACCACGUCAGCGAUGCGCUGAUCCGGCGCGACCACUACGCCCUCUACAUGAGCACCGUGUCGCAGAGCAGCAUGCAGCGCUACAGCAUCAACACGCGCAUUGUGGUGGUGGGCUGCAGCAACACCGCCUACGCCUUCCUGGAGGCGCUGCUCAUCCGGCAGCACAACCCCCACUACAUGAUCAACUUCAACAAUGUGGUGCUGGUGUGUCCCGAUGGCGUCCACUCGAAGCUGCCCAAGAAAAUCAAGGAGCUGUUCUCGGUGCAGAAGAACUUCAUGACCGAGCGCUACAUGGAAAUGAUCAGCUUGAAGACCUACAUUGGCGUGGUCACCGGCAAUCUCACGCAGAUUAACAGGAAGGACAAGUACGUGGUGAUCAACGACCACAAGGCGCUGCGCUACGACCUGCUGUUCCUGAUGUGCGGCGAAAAGUUCCAGAAACCGUUGCAGGACUACCGGAUGCCGUUCGCCGAAAACCCCGAGAACGUGUUCCUGAUCAAUUGCCCCAUGGACGGCAACAAGGCGGUGCUCAAGCUGAAGGAGUACCAGCGCGGGGAGCACCACGAAGAAAAAGUGAUCGUCUACGGCCACUUCCUGCAGGCGUACAGCUGCCUGGCCGGCCUGCUGGAGUACGGCGUGCCGGGCAGCCGGAUCGCGCUGGUCGAGCCCUUCCCCUACAGCAUGAACAUCGACAAGAGGCGCCGCCACAACAUCUCGGUGUUCAACGAUCCGGACAUCUACCACGCCACCAUGGACUUCAUCGGCCAGCAGGCCAUCCAGGUCUACUCCUCCUACUACUUCAUCAACUGGACCUUCUCGCAGGAGACCAACGCGGUGACGGCCGUCACCUUCGAGUCCAAGCACAAGAUGCUGGAGAUGAGCUGCCAGGCGAUCUUCUUCUUCUACGACAAGAGCAUCAGCCCGCGCAUCUACCAGGUGAUCAACCAGGCGGGCCUGGUGUUCGACGGCCGCCUGGUGGUGGACAGCAACUGCCGCACCAACGACGAGUGGAUCUACGGCGCGGGCACGCUCACCAAGUACUCCAGGCGCUACUUCGCCUCCAACAUGCUCCACAAGUACUUCAACCGCGUGGAGAUCGGCGCCAAGCUGGGGCAGCAGGUGCGCAACAUGCUGGUGCCGGGCUUUGUGAAGCGCUGCGACCCCAAAAAGCACGGCUGGAACUUCCAUCUGGACAUCCGCGAUCGCCUGGUGCCCAAGUACGAGCAACCGAUCAUGCGCUACUGCCGCCUGCCCGGGGGGCUCUACUACCUGUCGGUGGUCAAGCCGGGGCGGCGCAUCCCCCUGGAGACCGCCAGCUCCAUGGAGAACUAUGGGCAGGUGUUCGUGACGGGCAACUGCCGCAACCUGGACACCCAGGGCUUCUUCAAGUUGCACUUCAACGAGUACAGCCGCGUGGAGACCAUCAGCUGCCUGACCAAAUUCCCCAUCGACGUCAAGAACAUCCACUGCCUGUGGGGCAAGCACGAGAAGCUGCUCAACAACCUGCAGCUGCGCUUCGAGAUGGUGCUGAUCGGCGACUUCUACGAGUACUUCCGCCAGCCCUGGGCCUGCGCCCUCUACCACGACCGCUUCGAGCAACUGCUGGACGACCUGAACAACAUCAUGACCUCAUCAGUGGGCAACGACGACGACGACUGCCUCAUUUCCGGCAUCAUCGAGAUGUACAAGCAGCGCAAGUGGCAACCGCUGACCGAGGACCAGCAGGGCGAGAUCGAGGACAAGUUCCCCACCAUGCCCUACCCGAAGAUCAUCGAGCAGAAGGUGCUGGACUUCGUCCAGGCCAACCUCAGCUACCUGCCGAUGUACGCCCACCCAGCGGUAGUGCGCACCAUCUUAGAAGGCUUCGACAAGAGCCCCUUGUUCGCCAAAUAAACCCCCUUAAGCUAG